AUGUCCGGCAAACGUUCGCGAGCAACAUACGAAGCAGAUCUACAGGCCCAACAGUCCCCCUUCGUCGUAUACGGAACCCCAUUACCCCCACGAGAUACAGAUGUGCGAGAUGAUGGAUCUUAUGUACCGGUGUGGAAACAGGAAGUUCGCGAUGAGAGGGGGUUGAAAAGAUUACAUGGUGCUUUUACCGGUGGUUUCAGUGCGGGAUAUUUCAACACGGUUGGAUCGAAAGAAGGCUGGACACCUUCGACAUUUGUAUCCUCUCGAUCGAAUCGAAAUAAAGAUGCGGCCAAAGUACGCCAACAACGACCAGAAGAUUUUAUGGAUGAUGAAGAUUUGGCGGAUGCUGCAGAAGCUCAAAGAGUACAAACAGCAGAAGGUUUCGCUGGAAUUGGUUCGACGCAAGAUGAUGCAAUUCGCAGAGGCGCAUUUAUUGAUCUUUUCAGAACUGACGGAGAGACAUUGGGGGUGAAGCUAUUGAAGAAAAUGGGUUGGAAAGAAGGACAGGGUGUAGGACCAAAAGUUCGACGAAAAGCUCGUUUAGAUGGAAUAGAAAGGUCUGGAGCAGAUGCCGAUGCGGCAUAUCUCUUUGCGCCUGAAAACACCCGCAUGAUCAGUUUCCUUCGGAAGAAUGAUCAUAAAGGCUUAGGUUUUGAUGGGGAGACGAAGUUGACGCCAAUAAAUGGACUCGGAUCGGAGAAAAAUAAGUCAGAAGAUGAGGACGGUGAUAGGUCAUUUUCAAUAGCACCUAAAAUCGCUAAGAAGAAGAAGAAGCCUGUCAGAGGUGGCAUUGGUAUUGGCAUAUUAAACGAUACUGGUUCGGAUGACGAAGACCCUUAUGAAAUUGGUCCACGAAUAUCCUAUAAUAGAGUGCUAGGAGGAGACAAGAAGAAGAAGAAACCAUUAACACCAGCUGCCAAUUCAUUGUUAAAAUCUAAACCUGUCUUUAUAUCGAAAAAGACCGCUAUGGCAAAGGCAGCGGCUGGGCUGCGGAAAUGUCAUGAUGGUCGCUUACCUCUAGAUGGAUUUAUUUUGAGUAAUGAUCUGACUACUACAUCAAUGUCCGAAACACUUUCAAAAUAUCCACCGCCCACAAUCCCUGAAGGAUGGAAAUCAGCUAAACAAUCCAAAUCCGAAUCUAAACAAUCACAAUAUCAAUCCACCUCGGACGCAGCAAAGGCAUCCAAGCUAGACCCCAAAUCUCGAGCUUCUAUUCUAGGAGAAGCUGCUCUACCUGGGAAAUCAGUAUUUGAUUUCCUCUCCAGCUCUGCUCGUGAUCGAUUAGCCGCCGCUUCUGGCAAAUCUAAUCUACCCCAAGCCCUAGGUGAAAUUCCCGAGGGGUAUGCUAUGAACCCCGAGCAACGACAGCAAGAACUCCUUUCUCAGAUUCCCAAAAUCGAUAAAUAUACCGCUGAUGCAGCACUCAUGCGUUGCGCAAGCGUCUAUGGCGAAGACGAACCCAAACGUAUUCGUUAUCGUGCUUAUCUCGAACAUCAAGCUGGCAUCGUAUUAACCUUGCCGGAAAGGAGUAUGUUAACCAGGAAAGAAGAUUGGCUAAAGGAACUCAAAGAAUUCGCUAACUGCGCGAAAAUCUUCAAACCAAUGACGGGACUAAUGGCUACACGCUUCACAAGCUCAUCUUCAAGUACAAUAUUACCAGGACAAGAUGGUUCGGUGAACGAGCUCUUGAGUAAACCGGAGAUAAAAGAAGCUCCAGCGGAACAGGCGGCAAGAAUGGGAAUGUAUGGUCCGAUGACGAGAGAGAGAAAAGAUUGGUUUCCAACGAGAUUGCUGUGUAAGAGGUUCAAUGUGCAGCCGCCGAAACAUGUACAGCCGUCUGCGGAUGAAGAGCGCGGGGUGGGCAGGGAAGUCCCUCAGGACUUAGUGGGCAGGAGAGAGGUGGAGAGAAUUAUGAGGGAAGCUGGGGAUGGAGGGUUUGGAGAUGAUAUUAAGAGGGAGGAUUUCAAUGAUAAUACUGACCUGGAAAGUUUACAGUUUUCAAAGGAGAGAGGACAGACGGCGGUUAAUGCGGAAAGAAAUGAAGUGUUGGAAAGUCGGAGACCGGAAGAUGCGGUUUUCAAGGCGAUUUUUGGGGAGGAGAGUGAGGAAGAGGAUUGA